AGCGCCCGAGCCGCGCGGGGUCCGCGCCAGUGAGCGCAGCUGCUGCCGGCGAGCGGCGGGCGGCGGGCACGGCAGGCCGGGCGACCCUGGGGGCGGCGGCGGCGGCGGCGACGAUGCGGCCCGCGAGGCUGGGCUGGUGGCCGCUCCUGCUGGCGCUGGGCGUGGGGAGCAGCGUCGGCGGCGGCGGCGGCGGGGACAGCCGGCGGCACCGCCUUCUCGCGGCGAAAGUAAACAAGCACAAGCCCUGGAUCGAGACUUCGUAUCAUGGAGUCAUUACAGAAAACAAUGACACAGUCAUCCUGGACCCACCUCUGGUAGCCCUGGAUAAAGAUGCACCCGUUCCCUUUGCAGGGGAGAUCUGUGCCUUCAAGAUCCACGGUCAGGAGCUGCCCUUUGAGGCCGUGGUGCUCAAUAAGACCUCGGGAGAGGGCCGGCUGCGCGCCCGGAGCCCCAUCGACUGUGAGCUCCAGAAGGAGUACACAUUCAUCAUCCAGGCCUACGACUGUGGCACCGGGCCCCGCGAGACAGCCUGGAAGAAGUCGCACAAAGCUGUGGUCCACAUCCAGGUGAAGGACGUCAAUGAGUUCGCCCCCACCUUCAAAGAGCCGGCCUACAAGGCCGUGGUGACCGAGGGCAAGAUCUACGACAGCAUCCUGCAGGUGGAGGCCGUGGACGAGGACUGCUCCCCGCAGUACAGCCAGAUCUGCAACUAUGAAAUCGUCACCACUGACGUGCCAUUUGCCAUCGACAGAAAUGGCAACAUCAGGAACACGGAGAAGCUGAGCUAUGACAAGCAGCGACAGUACGAGAUCCUGGUGACGGCCUACGACUGUGGGCAGAAACCAGCGGCACAGGACACCCUGGUGCAGGUGGACGUGAAGCCCGUGUGCAAGCCCGGCUGGCAAGACUGGACCAAGAGGAUCGAGUAUCAGCCCGGCUCAGGGAGUGUGCCCCUGUUUCCCAGCAUCCACCUGGAGACAUGUGACGGGGCUGUGUCCUCCAUCCAGAUCACCACCGAGCUGCAGACCAAUUACAUCGGCAAGGGCUGUGACCGCGAGACCUAUUCAGAGAAGUCCCUACAGAAGUUAUGCGGUGCCUCCUCCGGCAUCAUCGACCUCUUGCCAUCCCCCAGCGCUGCCACUAACUGGACGGCGGGGCUGCUGGUGGACAGCAGCGAGAUGAUCUUCCGGUUCGAUGGCCGCCAGGGUGCCAAGAUCCCGGACGGGAUCGUGCCCAAGAACCUGACGGACCAGUUCACCAUCACCAUGUGGAUGAAGCACGGCCCCAGCCCGGGCGUGAGAGCGGAGAAGGAGACCAUCCUCUGCAACUCGGAUAAGACGGAGAUGAACCGGCAUCACUACGCCCUGUACGUGCACAACUGCCGCCUGGUCUUCUUGCUGCGCAAGGACUUCGACCAGGCUGACACCUUCCGCCCCGCAGAGUUCCACUGGAAGCUGGACCAGAUUUGUGACAAAGAGUGGCAUUACUAUGUCAUCAAUGUGGAGUUUCCUGUGGUCACCUUAUACAUGGAUGGAGCAACAUACGAACCGUACCUGGUGACCAACGAUUGGCCCAUUCAUCCAUCACACAUCGCCAUGCAGCUAACGGUUGGCGCUUGUUGGCAAGGGGGGGAAGUGGCCAAGCCGAGGUUCGCACAGUUCUUCCACGGCAGCCUGGCCAGCCUCACCAUCCGCCCAGGGAAGAUGGACAGCCAGAAGGUGAUCUCCUGCCUGCAGGCCUGCAAGGAAGGGCUGGACAUUAACUCUCUGGAGAGCCUGGGCCAGGGAAUCAAGUACCACUUCAACCCCUCGCAGUCCGUGCUGGUGAUGGAGGGGGACGAUAUAGGGAACAUCAACCGCGCCCUGCAGAAGGUCUCCUACAUCAACUCCAGGCAGUUCCCCACGGCGGGGGUGCGGCGCCUCAGAGUCUCUUCCAAAGUGCAGUGCUUCGGGGAGGACGUGUGCAUCAGCAUCCCUGACGUGGACGCCUUCGUGAUGGUGCUGCAGGCCAUGGAACCCCAGAUCACCCUCCGCGGCACUGAGCACCUCUGGAGGCCCGCCGCCCAGUUUGAAAGCGCCAGAGGAGUGGUUCUCUUCCCCGACCUCAAGAUCCUGAGCACCUUGUCCAGAGCCGAGGCCCCGGGAGACUCACAGCAAACCACAGCCCCCAAAUCACCCUUCCUAGAAGAAAUGCUUCACAACUUAGACUUCUGUGACAUUCUGGUGCUGGGAGGGGACUUGGACCCGAGACAGGAGUGCUUGGAGCUCAACCACAGCGAACUCCACCAACGCCACCUGGAUGCCACCAACUCCAGCGCGGGCUACUCCAUAUAUGGUGUAGGCUCCAUGAGCCGCUAUGAGCAGGUCCUGCACCAUAUCCGUUAUCGUCACUGGCGUCCGGCAUCCCUAGAGACCCGGAGGUUCCGGAUCAAGUGCUCAGAACUCAACGGACGCUACACCAGCAAUGAGUUCAACCUGGAGGUCAGUGUGCUACAUGAGGCCCGUGUGGCCAGCGAGGAGCAUGUCAACCACCUGAUCGUGCAACCGCCAUUCCUGCAGUCCGUCCACCACCCUGAGACCCAGAUCAGCAUCCGGCGUGGGUCAGUGGUCCCCAGCAUCGCCACGGUGGUCAUCAUCAUCUCCGUCUGCAUGCUCGUGUUCGUCGUGGCCAUGGGCGUGUACCGGGUCCGCAUAGCCCACCAGCACUUCACCCAGGAGAGCGAGGCGGCCAAGGAGGCCGAGAUGGACUGGGACGACUCAGCGCUCACCAUCACCGUCAACCCCAUGGAGAAGCACCAGGAGCCCACGCGAGGGGAAGAGGAGACGGAGGACGACGAGGAGGAGGAAGCCGAGGAAGGCGUGAGCUCCAGCAGCAGCAGCGACUCCUAUGACAGCGAGGAGGAGGUGGAGGAGGCCGGGCUGGGCAGGGGCAGGGGCGGGCAGGGCACAGCCAGGCAAGCCCAGCUGGAGUGGGAUGACUCCACCCUCCCCUACUAGCGCGGCCCCGCCCCUUUUGUAAGCCCACCCCCUUGUCUGCCUGAGCCUAUCACAUGUCGCCUCUAAUUUCCCAGCGGGGGUGGGGCAAGCCUCCC